AUGCCAAACAAUAAAAAAGAAAAAAAUAGGUUACAUGAAAAUGAAGAAAUAUCUGUAGGAACAGCGCAAAUGCGGAAAAAACUUAUUACAAAUAAGUUUUUACAAAUGAUGACUUGUAGCAAAAAAUCAAAUGAAAAAGAGCAAGCAGGUUCGUAUAGAAAUUCACGCAAACAAAUACCUGCUUUCAAAAAAGACCAAGAAACUUUGUCAACCAACCUAUCAAUAAAUGAUGUUAACAUAGAGCAGAGAAAAUCAAUCGAAUCGUUAACAAGCGAUAUAGAUAUGGGGCACAAAAAAUUAACUGAACGAGAACCUGUAAACAUGGAACUUGACAAUGAUUAUUUUUAUGAUACCUUCGGAGACUCUGGAAAAGAUUAUGAUUCAAUUGCUACCAAAGUUUCGACAACCUCAUGA